AUGGCUGGUUUGAAUGUCUCCCUUUCCUUCUUCGUUAUUAUCGUGACCCUCUGUGAAGGGGCCAGAAGAAUUUCCAAGAUGUUUCUCCCCCAGAAAAUCUAUAGCAGCUUUGCUGGGGAGCUGGCAAGUGCCUUCCAGUUGUGUGCUUGUUGCCUAGAACUGAGGAUGUUAGUGGAGAUCGGGCCCUGGGGAGGCGGCUUUGGCCCAGAUGUGGUCCUAACUCUUCUCUUCCUGCUCUUUUUGGUCCACGGGGUGUCUUUUGAUGGUGCAUCUGCCAACCCAGCUGUGUCCAUCCGGGAGUUCCUGAUGGUAGAGUCCUCUCUGUUGACUACAGCUGUCAAGCUGUUGGCUCAUUUUGUGGGGAUGAAGGCCAGCUGCGUUUUGACCAAUCUCUAUUGGUCCUGGGAGCUGACAGAUUUUCAUCUAAUCCAGAAUCUGAUUGCCAGAGAUUGCAGCUCCUCCCUCCGGACAUCAGUGGGCCAGGGCACCUUGGUGGAAGCCACCUGUUCUUUCUUCUUCCAUUCUACUCUCCUCCUAUUUCAGCACAGUCUUUUUAUCUACAGAGUGACAGCUGUGGCUCUUGUGGUCACCAUCUUGGCUUAUACAGCUGGCCCGUUCACUUCGGCCUUCUUCAACCCUGCCUUGGCGUCCUCUGUGACUUUUCACUGCUCUGGACAUACUUUACUGGAUUACGUGCAGGUCUACUGCUUGGGCCCUCUUGCAGGGAUGAUUGUGGCAGUCCUAGUGUAUCAGGGCAACAUUCCCCGGUUUUUCCAGAGGAACCUGUUUUACUCUCAAAAGAGCAAGUAUCGUGUGCCCAAGGGGAAGCCAGCCUCCAUGCCCAGUGGGAAGCAGAAACAGGAGAAAAGUACCAGGGCUGAAAAAGCAGAACCCAGUCAGAAAAUGGAGUGACCACAGCUGUUCUGGAGUCAGAGGACCUGAGUA